GUUGCGGUGACGGGCGUGCGGGCGUGGUGCUGACGGUCGGCGCGCUGGGGGCGAGCGAGGUGCAGGUGGCGCUGGGCGGCUGGCGCGCGCGGGCGCUGGAUGCGGCAGGAGCGACGGCGGCGGGCGCGGCCCCCGGCGCCGUGGCGAUGACGGUGCAGCGCGACGAGCGCGACGCGCGCGCGCCGCGCACGCGCUUCAUGAUCACGGACAUCCUCGACGCGGCGCCGCGGGACCUCAGCGCGCAUCGGGAUUCCGACUCUGACAGAUCUGCUACGGACUCGCCAGGUGUAAAAGAUGAUUCGGACGACGUUUCCAACAAGUCCUGCGGCGGCGACGCCUCAGCCCUCUCCAAAAAGCAGAGGAAGGCGAGAACAGCCUUCACGGACCACCAGCUGCAGACCCUGGAGAAGUCCUUCGAGAGACAGAAGUACCUCAGCGUGCAGGACCGCAUGGAACUCGCCGCGAAACUAGGCCUUACGGACACACAAGUCAAGACCUGGUAUCAAAACAGACGGACGAAAUGGAAACGUCAGACAGCGGUAGGCCUGGAGCUGCUCGCUGAGGCGGGCAACUACGCAGCAUUGCAGCGGUUGUACGGCGGGUACUGGGCGGGAGUCCCCGCGUACCCCGCGCAGCCUGCGCCCACAGCUGACCUGUACUACCGGCAGGCUGCCGCUACCGCUGCCGCGGCUGCGUCCGCCUCUGCUAAUACCUUACAGAAACCUUUGCCCUAUCGGUUAUAUCCAGGCGCCCCACUAGCGGGCGUUCCACCUUUAGGCCUGGGGCUGCCCGGGCCAUCAGCACACCUCGGUUCCCUUGGGGCCCCAGCUUUAGGGGCCCUAGGAUACUAUGCACAGGCGAGACGUACGCCUUCACCGGACCUAGACCCGGGUAGCCCCGCGCCGCCCCAUCGAUCCCCUAGAGAACCCUCCAUAGAACGACGCAGCGAUGACGAAGAUGACGAUGAACCCAUACACGUGUAGGGCUGUAAACCCAGUGAUUUGUAAUUUUUAAAAAAAGACUAAAAAAUUUGGCACGUUUGGACCAAAAAAACCUCUGUGGUUGCAAGACUUACAAGUGAAUCACGUACGCGAAGACGUAGUAGUGCGUAACUAAAAGUUAUAGGUACUUUACUGUGAAGUGAAAAGCAGGCAAAUGAGGUUCGAUCACCUUUCGUUGGUUCUGAGGACAGUACUUAUUUAUUUCGUUGCAUAAAGUAUUUGUAAAGACCAUUGCGCAAAGAUUUAGGUACGUGCUGUUAAGAGAAUUGUUUCUAUGAGUGGACAACGCUUAAGUCCGUAAUAAUUAUGUGAUAUUAUAAGUUCGGAUUAAAUUAUAGUAGUAGCAACUAUGUAUAGUAAUAAUAUAAAUGAAUUUGAUGUCGUACAACUAAUAAACUAUAAUAAUGAUUAGAAAACAUAACGCUUUGAAGACUCCAAAAUAACAACAAGCUGGUCUUGAUUAUUACAGUGUCUAUACUAUUUCAAUUAUUUCUCGAUUUCUUUCACCUUGAACUUUCAACCUUUUUAAUGUAUUUUUCUAAACUGAAUUGAAAUAAUCUUGAAUUUCAUAAAGGUCAGUGCACACCAGCCGCAGGUUCUUUAAUGUUUUUUUCCGACUACCUAAUUUCCAUAUAAAAUGACCAAUAGGUACAUAAUUAACAUGCAAUUAUUAAAUACCUAACGUUUGGUAGAUCCUUCAUAAAAGAGCUUUCUGGUAUGUAUUUAGGUACUACAUUGAAAAAACAGAUUGUCCAACUGACUUGAUAAUUUCACCUUUAUAAGUAUUUCAUUUUUAAUUCUAAAACGAAAAUUAUAUAACUAGUAUAUUAUUAUUUGUGAUAAAGUAGGUAAAAAUGCUAAGGAUAUGCUAUACCUACCUACCUACUUAAAGUUUUUUGUUAUAACAGUAUUUUUUUUAUUCAUUGCAAAGGUAGUAAGUACAACAGUACCUAUUAAAAUCUUUCUUUGUAAAUUGAAUAAAAUGGAUGAAAGCAAAAUCCGUUAAGUCGAAAUACCUAAUUAGUUCAGCAGAGCAACAUACCUAAUAGUUAUUUUUUUUGUGUUAAUCUGUUGAUAUGUGAUGAAAUCUGUUAUAAAGUUAGUUUAAGGCUACCAACCAAGUAGUUUCAUGUUUCCUUAUUUAUGAAUAUUUUAAUUCUUAUAACCAUGAAAGUUUUUCUGUGUAGUUGAUUGACUUCAAUCCCACAAUAAGUAAAAUCGCAUGGUGUGUAUUCUUCUUUAUGAAAACCGAAAUAUAAUUUUUUUAUACAUUUUUCCAUACUAAUACAAUCAUAGUAUAAAAGAUAUUGUAAAUAGCAUAGGAGAACAGUAUUAACCUAAAACCUGGUGACAAAAAAAUAUAUUUCAUAAUAAUAUUAUUUCAACCAAUUGAUACAAUGUGCAAAAGAUUGUGUAUAAAUAAAAGUGUAUAAUUAUUUUAUUGUAUGUAUUGUUAGUAUAAAAUACACAAGUAAAUAAACCUAGAUCUAGGUAUGUAAGAUACCUAAAGCUAUAAUAGUUAUAUGGCAAUGUACUUAAGCAAUCUGAAAUGUGGCAUUUUAUGUCCAGAUAGAUUUGUGGUGUUUUGUAAUUAAAAUGUUGUCAAUUAAG